AAAAUUAAAAACCAUUUGUCGAGGGAUUUUCCGACUAACAGUCGAGAAAAAGAAAAGCGAGGGUGAGAAGGGAGGGAGAGGGAAGGGGGAAGCAAGGGAAUAGAAUUGCCGCCGCCGCCGACGAGACCAUAAAGUCACUGUUAUUCUCUUCUUUGAUUCCGCUCCCCCUCCGAGGAAGACAGCACAGAAUCGAUUUAGCGGAUAAGAGAAGAAAAAGACGAGAAGGAAGUUACACUGUUUCAGUUUCAGUUUCAGUAAGGAGAAAGGAAUAGCGCGAAACAUAAACCCUAAUUAUCUUUGGCACAACUAGUUUAAGAUCUCCACCUCUUCCUUAUUCGUUCUCUCGUUCCUCUCCUGGUUCGCACUUCGCAGCAUUAGAGCUCCAACAAUGAACAAGUUUGGUAGAGGCCACCGCGACAAGGUCCAGCAGUUCAUGGCCAUAACUGGGGCAAGUGAGAAAGCCGCAGUUCAGGCAUUGAAGGCAAGCGAUUGGCAUCUUGAAGGUGCAUUUGAUGUGUUCUACAGCCAGCCCCAGAGUAAAACACAUACUGACUCCAGACAUUUGGAAGAGCUUUACAACAGAUAUAAAGGUGAUUAAUGUUUGCCCACAGUGUUUUUUAUGCUGUCUAUGUAAGAUAUGCUCAAUAGAAGAGUAAAUGGUUGCAUGCAUGCGAGUUUGUUAUUAAGCACAGUUGUACUGCAUUCCUAGUCUGCUGACAAAAACUUGAGAUAGCACUUUCUUUUAUGCACAUGCUUUUCAUUCUGUCUUUGCUUUAAUUGGUAACAUUAUUAAAAAAAAAAAAGAAUCGUACGUUUAUGGUGUUUACUGAGAAAUGAGUGUGCUGCUAUGCUUUGCAGAUCCAUAUCUGGACAUGAUAAUGGCUGAUGGCAUUGCUCGUCUUUGCAAUGACCUUCAGGUGGAUCCCCAAGACAUAGUUAUGUUAGUUGUUUCAUGGCACAUGAAGGCUGCCACCAUGUGUGAAUUUUCGAAGCAAGAGUUUGUCGGUGGACUACAAUCGCUAGGGAUAGAUUCACUGGAGAAGUUCCAAGAGAGGAUACCAUUCAUGCGUUCUGAGCUGAAAGACGAACAGAAGUUCCGUGAGAUAUACACUUUUUCUUUUGGGUGGGCAAAAGAGAAGGGUCAAAAAUCUCUAGCACUGGAUACCGCAAUAGGAAUGUGGCAACUACUAUUUGCUGAAAAGCACUGGCCAUUGGUUGAUCACUGGUGCCAGUUCUUACAGGCUCGGCAUAAUAAAGCUAUCUCGAGGGACACUUGGUCUCAGCUAUUGGAAUUCACACGGACAGUUGAUUCUGGAUUAGCAAACUAUGAUGCCGAAGGGGCAUGGCCAUAUCUGAUUGAUGAGUUUGUGGAUUACCUGAAUGAGAAUGGUGUGGGUGCUGAUGGGUUCAGUCGAACAAUUGGAGCUUAGAACGAUGAAGAAAAGAAGAGGACCCAGAUGUGUAGCAGAAGCUGGGAAGUAUGGUGUACUUGGUUCUCAAUCAUACAGUUAUGCAGACUGCAGCGUGUAGGAUUGCGUUUCCUCUUACUUUCUCUACCUUUCUUUUCUCCACUAGUUUCAUAACGAAAAAAGGGAGAAAUAAUGGUGAAGAAAUGAUACGAUGAUGGAUGAUACUAUUGACAUGGUGUUGAAUGAUGGUGGUAACAAUGAUUCCUUCUCUCUUACGCAUGGAAACGGCGUAUAUGAUUUGUCUAGAGUCCGAUUGAAUGGAAAUAGAACUGGAACCAGUUUCUACUUAAUGCCAUUGCCAUCCAAGACA